AUGCAGAGGGCAUGCGAAAUGGUCGUAUCUUUGCUACGGACGGAUGCCAUGACCCAAAAGUGCCCUUUCCACGUACUGAACGUCCAGAUACUUGAGCUCUUGCAGAAGGAGGGACUCAUUAGGGGCUUCUCUAUCAAGGGGACAAAAAUUGAUAUUCUGCUUAAGCAUUAUAAGGGUCAUAAGAAACAUUCGAGUCGUUUCGAAGCCAAGCAGAGAUAUUUGGUUAACACCCCACGAGUUAAAAUUUCGCACACGUUUUAA